UCCGAACCCGGCAUUAUUUCGGUCCAUUCUCCUCCACUCGAACACCUCUGGGAUAUUUUGCUUUGCGUUUUUUUCCUUCAUCCCCCGCGUGAUCAGAAAAGCAAUGGCAAUAGGCCCUGAGCAGAAAGUCUUUUGGAUAUCUUUUUGUUGCUCGCUGUAUUUCGGAUUUACUUUUGCCUAUUUCACACCAAGAUUCCCUUCAGCCUUUCGUCUAAAGUCGCUUGCUGAUCCUGUCCAGAACAAUGGAUUAUACUUUUACAGAACAGAGUUCUACACUCAAAUACUGGAUCACUUCGAUUUCAAUCCCCAGAGUUACCAGAGGUUUCAGCAAAGAUAUCUCAUCAACGACACUCAUUGGGGAGGUGCCUCCAACAAAGCUCCCAUCUUUGUCUACACAGGAAAUGAAGGAGACAUCGAAUGGUUCGCUCAGAACACAGGCUUCAUGUUCGAAACAGCUCCCCAUUUCGAAGCCCUUCUAGUUUUCAUCGAGCACAGAUUUUAUGGAAAAUCGAUUCCAUUCGGGGGUAAUAGAGAGAAAGCGUACGGGAAUAGCAGUAAAGUCGGAUAUCUGAGCAGCACGCAGGCCCUGGCCGAUUAUGCCACCCUCAUCGUUGAUCUCAAGAAGAAUCUGUCUGCCAGUGACUCCCCUGUUAUAGUGUUCGGAGGAUCCUAUGGAGGAAUGCUGGCUGCCUGGUUCAGGAUGAAGUAUCCCCACGUUGCCCUUGGAGCCUUAGCAUCCUCUGCUCCAAUCCUCCAGUUUCAGGAUUUGGUUUCACCGUAUACCUUCAACGAUAUCAUCACACAGGACUUCAGGAGCGAGAGUGAGAACUGUUACAAGGUGAUAAAAGGCUCGUGGGAAGACAUACGAGAGGCAGGUAACAAGCCCGGGGGGACAGAAAUGCUGCGCAAAUCCUUCGGAAUAUGCAAGAAUUAUAUAAGCUCGGAUGCUUUGACAGGCUGGCUUCGUCAGGCAUUCAUAUUCACGGCUAUGAUGGAUUAUCCUGCCCCUUCCAAUUUUAUAAAUCCCCUGCCAGCUUAUCCCGUGAAAAAGAUGUGCGAGGCAAUUGACAAUUCAGCAAGAGGAAACGACACGUUUGCCAAGUUGUAUGCAGCGGCUAAUAUAUUCUACAAUUACACGGGCACUGCCACGUGUUUUGACCUCCUCGAUGAUUCCGAUCCUCACGGUCUCGCCGGAUGGCAAUGGCAGGCCUGUACGGAAAUGGUAAUGCCGGAGGGAGGGAGCAACGAAAAGAGCAUAUUCCCGGCUUACGAGUGGAAGUACCAAGACAGAGUAUCUUACUGCAACACAAACUUCGGCGUUGAGCCCAGGCCCCAUUGGAUUACUACUGAGUUUGGCGGCCCCGGCAUAGAGAGAGUCCUGAGAAGGUCAGGCAGCAACAUUAUCUUCUUUAAUGGCUUGAGAGACCCCUGGAGUGGUGGAGGUGUAUUGAAGAAUAUUUCACACACUGUGGUCGCUCUUGUUGCCAACCAAGGUGUAUAUUCCACCAGCCGUUUUCUUUCCUUUUCCAUUUUGCUUUUUUGGGGCAAUGUGCUGGCUUGUAAUGUAUAUAAUGUGUUUGGGAGCAGGGGCUCAUCACGUGGACCUGAGGUUCUCCACCAAGGAAGAUCCACAGUGGUUGAAAGACGUGAGGGAGCAGGAGGUAGAUAUCAUAUCGAGCUGGAUCUCAGAGUAUUAUCAAGACCUGGCCCAGUGAGGCACCAUAUUUUCAAACUCGCACGACAUGCAACUGCGUUGAAACAGUCAUUGAUGGAAUAAUUUGUAUGACAUGUGCUAUAAACAUGAUCUAUCUGGAUGCAGAUAAAAAGAUAGAAACAUGAAUUUAAAAAAAAAAAAAACAAUGGGGUUCCGUAAUCAAAUUUGCCUCGUAAUCCCAGGAGGAACAAGUGGGUGAAAUGGUGAGAGUAGCUGGACAUUUAUAUCGGUGGUUAAAACUGGUGCACGUGCAUGGUGGAAGAAAAUCAUUUUCACUGACCUCGUUUUGGAAGAAGACAGAACACGGUUAAUUUAAUCUCAAGAGCCAGCAUGAACUCCUGAAUGUUAUCUUGGGGUAAUUCUAAAUCUGUCUACAUCUAGUAAAAUAAUAGAGGCAUCUCAAGGAUUUUAGACA